CACAUUCAAUUCCAAGUUAGCCCGAUCAACAUUUCACUGUCUUCACUUUAUCACCUUAAGGGGUUUUUAUCGCCAGAAUUUUAUGCGUUUUUUACAAAUUAACCGAUAAGAAAGUGACUAAAAUUCAUCGCUAUAUAAAGUGUGUAAAUUCAAUGAUUGCAAUUGUUAGUUUCCAAGAUGUUCGCAAAACAACUUAUCACCGUCUUAUUCGCGCUGCAAAUUAUCACCAACAUAGCAUUGGCACAAUCGCCGGCCAUAGUAAAUUGCGACAGCAUUGAGAUUUGGAAUGUUACAACCAAAACGGACGACUACAUUCUGGAGAAUCGCCGCCAAUACAAUGCUACACUUCAAAGCUAUUUGAAUGAAAUAAAUAGCAUCAAGAAUAGUCUAGACGAUCAAUUGUUGGUGCUGGAUAAACAAAAGCAGUUGGUGCUCGACACAAUACUGGAAACUAACGAAAAAAUCAAUCCUUUGGAAGUGCUCAGUUUGCCCACGAAGCAUUGUGUGCAAAAAUAUCACGGUGAACUGCCUUAUGCCAAUAUCGUCAAAGAUAAGAUUGAGACCUGCCUCAGUAACGCACGCAGUUAUGCCAGCAGCAUCGUCAGCACGUCAAAUAGUUAUUACAACUCGCUGAACAAUUACUACAACAAUGAUUUGCGAACAAAUCUGAACACGUGCGCGAAAUUACACGCAAAUCCAUCGUUGAAUUAUACGCUCUGCAUCACAACAGCGAUAUCCAAGGCCAACACAUACACCAUAACCAGUCGCAAGAGCUUCGCUUCGUCCAUCGAAUCGUCGCACUGCAGUUUGAGCAGUCGCAUAGAUGUCGCAGUGAGCUGCACUUACACGGAGUACAAUGCGAUUUUGAUGUCGAUUGGCUCGGCUACACGCAUGAUCGACGAAUGCAUUAACGGUUAUCUGGAAAAUAAGCAAUGUGUGAAUAACACCAACACCAUGGAAGUGAAAAAUGGCGCACCCGCCAAUAGAAGCGCUAUUAAUCCCUUGAUGAUUGAAACGUAAUGAGUCGAAAAGUGCUUUACUAAAAUUUAAAUUUAAUUUAAAAGUAAAUAUAAUAAAAUCAACCUUAUGCAAAAUUAA